AUGUCACUGAUGCAGCAGGGUGGAAGCUCCUCUAGCUCAAGGAGUCCAGCGAAAAUGACUGGUGCUAAAGCAGACGAUGAGGAUGAAAAGCGUGCUUUUCGUUUUUGCGCCGUGUUAGAUAUGGACAUGUUUUAUGCUGCUGUUGAGCUCCGCGAUGCAGAUCCCAGUCUAAGAGACAAGCCAGUCGCCGUAGGUGGCAUCGGGAUGAUUUCGACUUCGAACUACGUCGCCAGAAGGUACGGAGUGCGCUCGGCAAUGCCGGGUUUCAUCGGACAGGAGCUGUGCCGCCGCCAAGGCGCCGAGCUUGCUUUCAUCAAACCCGACAUGGCGAAAUACGCGAGAGAGAGCGAAAAAAUUGUUCAAGUUGUGGCAAGUUUGGUUCCUGGAGGCCGAGACUGCAUGAAAGUUCCGAGCAUGGACGAAAUGUUCCUGGAUUUGACAACUGCGUCCCCUUCGUCAAACAUAACAGGAGAGGACGAACAAGGGACUUGUGAAAAACCGGAGGUGCAAAAUGGCGGGACGAAAAGCGCGGCUAACGCUUCUCCUACAACUUCGAGCGGGUCUCGUAAAUUAUCAUUGGUAAACAAAGACAACAUACAGGAGGCCGAACAACGACCGCCGCCACCACGAACGUGGAAUGAGGCUGCCGAUCUUGUUAAUCGAAUAAGGAGGGCGAUUUUCGAUCAAGUUGGACUGACCGCUUCAGCAGGCUUGGGUCCGAAUUUUAUGCUUGCAAAGAUGGCAGCAGAUGUGAAUAAGCCAAACGGCCAGUGCUGCCUCCCUUUGCAAGUUUUAGCAGAAGAUCCUGAAAUUGGCAAACAAGUAACGGAACAUGCAAUAAAAAGCGACAGGAGUGUCAACAUUGCAUUGAUGCACGAGAAGAUCGUGCAGUGGCUGCGCGCUCAGGCUGUGCGCAAGCUGAGUGGAGUCGGGAAGGUGACGCAGCGUGUGCUGAACCGCCUGGGCAUUGAGAAGGUCGGGCAUUUGCAUGCGCAGCGAGGCUUGCUGUUUGCAGUGUUGACACCGGCGAUUGCGCAGUUUCUCGUACUUGCUUCGGUUGGAUUGCCUGUGUUUCGAGAAGAGAAGCCCCAACAAAGCAUCUCGCAAGAACGAACGUUCGCCCUCACCUCAGCAGAACAAGCGAAACUUCGAUCUGCUGGCGGGGACGAAGCAAACGAGAUGCUUUACCGUCUCUUGCUAGCACGUGUAGCUGAAACAGCGCGUGAAACGGCCGCCGAGAUGGUCACAAAGAAAAUGGAAGGAAAGUGCAUCACCUUGAAGAUGAAAGGUGCCGAUUUUCGCGUGUCGCAACGCAGUAAAACACUACCGCACUACAUAGGAGGACGAACGACCUUCGGAUCU